UGGCAGAGCUGUCAUCACCGGAGAAAGCAUUGCUGGCAAAGACUUGUUGAUCCUCCGCUUGCCGCUUUCGUUGGACAGUUCUGUGAUAUUUUCCCUAUAUUUAACCAACAUUCCAGUGAUUUCGUUACUUACUUCAUAUCUAUAAUCCAUCCAUCGGUGUACUAACACCGCCACAAUAAUGCUCAAAGUGAUCUUGUUUACGCUUCUCGGUCUUGCCGGCAUUUGCCGUGCGGCCAACCUGGAGACGGUUAGUGAAGAUGAUCUCGUCAAGAAGUUUCACAGCCAUAACAAUUUUAUCGUGCUUUUCUCUAAACCAGACUGUCCCGACUGUGACAAGUUCGAAGGCAUUUUAUCGAAGCUGAAGCAAGAGAUCGAGGACAACCUGCAGGCACAUUCGGUGAAGGCGGUUAGCAGCUCGAUGGCACGACUGUACAGCCCCAGCAAGGAGCCGGCCGUAGUGUAUUUCCGCCACGGUGUUCCCCUGCUGUACGAUGGACCGAUCGAGGAGGAUGCGCUGAUCGGGAAGCUGGUACAGAACAAGGAUCCGAACGUGAAGGAACUUUCCGACGAAACGUUUGAGCAUCUUACGCAAGCGUCCAGUGGCGCUACGACGGGGGAUUGGUUCAUUAUGUUCUACACAACGAACUGUGUCGACUGCCAACGGCUGACUGCCGUGUGGGAAGCGGUUGCGGCUGAUCUGAAAACGCGCAUGAAUGUCGCCCGCGUGCAAAAGGAUGGAACGGGAAGCGAAACAGCCAAACGCUUUCAGGUGAAGAAGGUGCCAGACUUCAUUUUCCUGCGGCAGGGAAAAUAUUAUCGCUACGAAAUCAGCAAAUACGACAUCAAAUCAUUUGUCACUUUCGCCCAGGAUUGGUACCGGAAUGCAAAGGCUGAACGAGUCCCGGUACCGCUGUCACCUUUCGAUAAUCUCGUGGAAUUGGCUGUGCAGCAUCUGAAGGAUAUGCCAGCACUGUACGCCAAGCUGUACAACGAGUAUCCCAUGCUGGUGUAUGCAUUUGCCGCAGGCCUGCUGUUCGUUGUCGGUGGUUUUGCUCUGGCCAUCAUACUGGCCAUUAUUACGCGCUGCAAAGCAGCAUCACGAGCGAAGAAGGAAACGGUCAAAAAGGCAAAGUAGGCGUAGCUUGAACGGGAAGAGAGAUUUGAAAGCCGUCUCCUAGCGAUAACACAGUGUUUGGUGAAACAUUUGAAUAAACAUCCAAAAAAGAUGCUUUUAAGGAAGA